CAUGUGCAAAAGUAUAAAAAAUAUUUAAGUAACGGACAGUAUAAAAAACCGGAAAUACUAAUCGGUCAAGAUAAUUACCAUUUGAUUUUACCGUUAGAAAUCAUAGGUGGGAGUACAUACGACGAACCAUAUGUGACUCGUACUCCGCUGGGCUACUGUUUACACGGCAGGGUACCCUCUGGUGUGACGUCAUCACACCGCGCACUGUUUACAACCCUGCAUUUAACUACUUAUGACGACGAUGCUGACGUCACCGAGAACAACCGGUUGCUUAAUGAACUACACGAGAAGGUUCGCCGUAACUUUGCAGUGGAUUCUAUGGGAAUUUCUACUAAACCGCGGCUGAAUAGCGAAGAUGAACGCGCUCGUGAACUGCUGGAGCAAACUUCUACUCUCGUUGACGGCAAGUGGCACGUCGGCUUGCCCUGGAAGGACGUGAACUGUGUCAUGCCCGACUCAUUUCCCCUUGCGAUGUCACGCUUAAAAAAUGUCGAGCACAAGAUGUCAAAGAAUAGCGCAUUCAAACAGAGAUAUAUGGAACGUUUCGAACACUUAUUCGAAAAUAAUUAUGCGCACGAACUACUCGACACUCAAGUUACGCCAAAGACGUGGUACUUAGGACAUUUUGGAGUAGAUAAUCCAAAUAAGUCAAAACUCCGGCUAGUAUUCGAUGGCGCAGCUACCACGAACGGUUUUUCUCUAAACGACUAUUUACUAAAAGGCCCCGACCUACUCAUGUCUCUCUUCGGCAUAAUGCUCAGAUUCCGCGAGCACCCUAUCGCCAUAUCUGGGGACAUAAAGGACAUGUUUCUGCGAAUAAAAAUAAGACCCGAAGAUCAGAAUGCUUUCCGAUUCUUAUACAGAAAAGAACCCGAAGAACCCGUGAGAACGUAUGUGAUGUCGUCCUUAGUAUUUGGAGCCUGCUGCUCGCCAUUUAUUGCCCAAUUUAUCAAAAACAAGAAUGCUCAACGCUUCGAGUCAUCAUAUCCAUCAGCGACGGAAGCUAUAUAUAAGCAACAUUAUAUGGAUGACUGGAUUGACAGCGUGCCAGAUGAAGAAACAGCUAUCAAGUUGAUACGUGAAGUAAAAAUGAUCCAUAAACAGGGAAACUUUGAAAUACGCAACUUUAUGUGCAACAGCCCAGCGGUACUCGAUAGCCUACCAAAAGAAGCCCUAGGUGAGACGGCCGUAAAGUUCAAAACCGGCGAGCAUUACGACGGCGAGCGAACUCUCGGCCUAUUGUGGCGUCCAGAUGAUGAUACCUUGGGGUUUGACGUAUCGUUUAAAAAAAUACCGGAAAGUAUUAUAAAUGGACAACAAAGGCCAACAAAGCGUGCUAUGCUGCGCGUUGUGAUGUCGAUUUUCGAUGUUUACGGAUUUUUAUCGCCUAUUACUAUCAUAGGAAAACUGAUUAUUCGUGAUACCUGGCGAUUAAAUAUAUCUUGGGAUCAAGGUGUACCUGACGAUAUAUACGACGAAUGGUGCAAGUGGACGAACCUACUUAAAUCAUUAGAAAAUGUGAGACUGCCCCGGUACUAUAACGACGCCGCCGCAACGAGCCCCGCCAGCGUAACGCACACCGAACAGUUGUUGCUAGGAGGCGACGCGCCCGGCCCGGCCUUAUCGUUAUCUGCACCUGCGCCGCCGCUGCAAUUGAAUGAAAAUAAUAAAUAUACAAACCUGCAGUUGCAUCUGUUUUGCGACAGUUCAUCUAUAGCUAUGUGCGCGGUGGCUUACUGGAGAUGGGAAUGCAAUGGAUUAAUACACGUUGCAUUUAUAGCUAGCCGAAGUCGUUUGAUGCCUAAUAAAACCUUAUCAAUUCCUAGGGCGGAAUUACAAGCUGCUGUAUUAUCUGCUCGCUUAGCAGAUACGAUAACAAAGGAACAUAAGAUAAAGGCCGAGCGACGAACCUUUUGGAGUGAUUCAAGUUGUACUUUGCAUUGGAUAAGGAAUGCCGCUCGUACUUAUAAACCGUACAUAGCGCAUCGUUUAGGCGAGAUUGACGAGAUGACGCUCAUUAGUGAAUGGAGGUACGUGCCUACAAAAUUAAACAUAGCGGACUUGGGCACGCGAAAAAACUAUGACUGCUGCAUUUUGGAAAACGAAUGGCUUCACGGACCUACCUUCCUCCGACGUGAUGAGUGUGACUGGCCAACCGAUGUACUGAACCCUGAAAUAAAAAAUACAGCUGAUUUAGAAUGUGUAAAUAUUAUACAAAAUAAUGAAAUUGACUUACCAGUGCCGGACCCAACAAGGUUUUCUUCGUGGUUGCGCCUACUUAGGUCUACUAAUAUGGUACUUACCUUUAUAAACAAAUGUAGAAAACAUACCGUUGAGAAAGAUGUUACCAUGGAGAGAGCUGAAAGUUUAAUUUUGAGAACUUCACAAGCUGAAAGUUUCGGACAAGAAGUAAGUGACCUGAAACAAGGAAAACACAUUAAUAAAAAUAGUAAAAUACUUACCCUGUCACCGUUCCUCGACGAAUAUGGAGUCUUGCGCGCGGCGGGCCGCAUCGAUGAGGCUGCAGAUGUUUCGCCGGCAAUGAGAAGACCUGCAAUCUUAGAUGGUCAGAAUUAUACGGCGCGCCUGAUUGUAAAACAUUACCAUAGUUAUCAGGAAUUGGUUGUAAAUAAUAUAAAACAAAAAUACUGGAUUACAAAAUUAAGACCGACCGUUAAGAACGUUGUAUCUAUGUGCAUGACCUGCCGGCUUAAAAAAUGUAAACCAGAGAUACCCAGAAUGGGGGACCUACCUAGUGCUAGAUUGGCUCACCAUCAACGUCCCUUUACCUUCUGUGGUGUAGAUCUGUUCGGUCCUAUGGAGGUAACUAUUGGGCGACGACGAGAAAAAAGGUAUGGCGUUCUGUUUACCUGCUUAACGGUGAGAGCUAUACACCUGGAGACCGUCGCAUCACUUACCUCCGAUUCCUUCAUCAUGGCCCUGCGCCGCAUGGCAGCAAGACGAGGCUGGCCUCAACAAUUGUUUUCGGACAAUGGGACGAAUCUCCGAGGUGCCGAUACUGAACUUAGAAGGUCGAUUCAGGAACUGGACGAGGAGAAACUCAAAGACGGAGCGAUGAAUCACGGGGCAAAAUGGACAUUUAUUCCCCCUGCUAGCCCACACUGGGGAGGUGCAUGGGAGCGCUUAAUACGAAGUGUGAAGGUAUCCCUGAAAACCAUACUAAAAGAGCGAGCUCCUAGAGAGGAGACCCUGAACUCUCUGCUCGCGGAAGUUGAAAGUAUUGUUAACAGCCGACCACUAACCCAUGUUUCUGUCGAGCCAAAUAGUCAGGAAACGCUCACACCCAACCACUUUCUUGUGGGUACAUCAUCCAACCUACCACACAUGGGAGCAUUUGACGGUUCAGAGUUAUUUCUAAGAAAACAAUGGCGCAUAGCUCAGCUCCUUGCUGACCAAUACUGGAAGCGUUGGGUGAGAGAGGUUCUACCUGACCUGGUGCCGAGAAAGAAAUGGCAAGCAGAGCAGAGGCCAUUGCAAGUUGGAGACCUCGUGCUCAUAGUGGACCCAGACGGGCCCCGCAAUGUGUGGCCCAGAGGCCUAGUACAAGAAGUCAUACCAGGAAGAGAUGGGCGGGUCCGAAUGGUGAGGAUUAAGACCAGAACGGGAAUUCUUACCAGAUCUGCCACACGCGUCGCUCACCUUCCGAUAGGGGAUGAGUGCUGCUAGUGCAGCACUAGGGGGGGGUAUGUUCGCGACGCAAAAUACUAUUUCAUUAACCGCGUCAAUGAAUGUGUAAGAGCUGAGAGAGGUGCGGGGAGCCGGGGUGCAUCUAUGCAUUUCCGAACAAACCCGAUUUUGGUUCCGAACUAGAUUCCGCGCCAGCCGCACGUCUCUUGCGCUCAUUUUUUUGUGUGUGUACCUACUUUCGAUUUUAAAUUCAAAUAAUAUAGUUUUGUGCAUAAUUUCGGACUUUUCACUUGUGUUUUGACUCCCA